AUGCCUCACGUCGACAUGUUGUUCAACCAGUUGCAGAAGAGAAAAACCGAGCCAGCGCAAGUUAAAACGGCUAUCGAUAAUUUUGAAAAAUGUAUUGCCGUUGUGAGAAAUAGAAUUGAUGACAUAAUAAAUGAAUGCAACAAAAGGAGACGACCUAAUAAUAGCAGUCACGUUCACCGAGUUGCCGCAUUAGAAGUAUGCGACAAUAUAGUGAAUUCUGCAAAUGACAGAUUUCAAUUCAAAGAUCAUUUGGUAGCCGCAUCCCUUUUUUCCCCGAACACUUUGGAGAAUAUUGUGGUAGUUCUGCAUUCUUGUUCAGCAAACUAUUUGGCCAACUGUGAAGAUAAAAGUAAACCCCAAAAGCCACCAGAAGGUAUUUUUCUCUAG